AUGAUGCCGCGACCCAGUGCUCUCCCCGCAGGAUACCGCGCUGUAAAUCCAUCCGCAAACCUCCUUUCCCGCGCUCUGAACCUCGCACCAGAACACAACCAUCUUCCUCACACUACCAACAGCACACCCGACCCGAUUACAGACCCGAAUGCCGCAUCAAUCCGACCCGAUUCCCUACAGAACCCGUACUCUCUCAACAAAAUCAUAUCUUGGUGCGCGGAGGACGGCCGCCUCUCGACCGGAGUCCAACUCCACGGCCACGCCGUCAGAAGGGGUUUCGUCACCAACGUGCACGUCGCCACCUCCCUGCUCGACUUGUACGCCAAGUGCGCCGAGACCCCGCGGGCCCACCAGCUGUUCACCGAAAUGCCCAACCGGAACGCGGUCACCUGGAAUGCUUUGAUUUCCGGUUACGUGAGGGCCCAUGAUUCGUCUGCUGCUUUUGCCCUGUUUGUUGAGAUGCUGAAAGAGGAUAUAACGGUGACGCCCUUCGGGCUUUCGGCCGUGUUUGUGGCCUGUGCGCAGCUGGAUGACCUCGUGCUUGGGGAUCAAAUACACGGGCUGAGCUUGAAAUCGGGCCUUGAGUCGAAUACGGUGGUGGGAAGAAGCUUGAUCGACAUGCGGGCAAAGUGUGGGGACAUAGAAGGUGCGGAAGAAGUAUUCGGUAAAUUAGUCGAUAAAAAUGUGGUUGCUUGGACUUCGAUUAUAUCUGGGUACGCUCUCAAUGGGCGUUCAUAUGAAGCAAUGGGUUUGAUCCGGGAAAUGUUCAGUUCGGGUGUCAAGGCAAACUUUGUCACGUACAGCAGUUUAUUGAGCUCAUUUAACUGUAAAGAUGAUUUAACUCACUGCAGGCAGAUUCAUUCCCGUGUGAUUCGCGAGGGUCUGGAGUUCAACCCUUAUGUGUUGACCACGUUACUGGUCGUUUACUCGUAUUGCGGUUGCAGCCUGACCGAGCUUUAUAGAAUUUGCUCGGCUGUCAUGAUAUGGGAUCAGGUCGCGUGGAAUGCUGCUAUCGCUGGAUUUGCCAACCUGCCGGCUCCUGAGGUGGCGCUCACGUGUUUUUCCAAGAUGAGGAGGUUGGGUGUGGCUGUCGACUUCUUCACUUUCUCGAGCGUGCUGAAAGCGCUUGCGAAUGGGUCGGCCCUUCAGGAAGGGAGACAGGUGCACGCCCUUAUCUCCAAGACCCGGUUCAUCACGAACCUUUACGUUCAGAAUGGGCUCGUCUCUAUGUAUGCCAAGUGUGGCGAGAUUGGUCCCNNGUAUGCGAAGUGUGGCGAGAUUUGUCCCGCCAAGAAUGUGUUUGCCUCGAUUGCUCGGCCCGAUCUUGUCUCGUGGAACUCGCUGCUCACGGGCUGCGCUCAACAUGGGUACGGUCGUGAAGUCGUGCAGUUUUUUGAAGAAAUGAGGAGGAGCCUAGUUGCUCCGAACUCGACCACUUACCUUGCAGCUCUCACGGGCUGCAGCCACGCUGGACUUCUGGAAAAAGGGCUCGCGUAUUUUAAUAUGAUGGAAAAAGAUGGGUCUCUCCCUCCAGCCCGUUUGGACCACUAUGCAUGUCUUGUGGACCUGUAUGGUCGAGCCGGGUUUCUGCAUGAGGGUGAAGCUUUUAUUAAUAGCAUGCCUAUUGAAAAAGGUCCGUCUGUGUAUAAAGUUUUGUUAGGCGCAUGCCAGGUUCACGGUAAUAAGGAUAUUGCUGUAAGGUGCGCGAGGAAGAUUGUGGAGCUGUGUCCUGAUGAUCCGGCUGUUUACGUUUCGCUUGCAAAUGUGUUGGCAACUGGGGGUAGUUGGAGUGAUGCGGCCCAAAUAGGUUGCGAGCUGAUCACUCGGCUUUUGAUUUGGAGUUCAUCGGAAAUGAUCAAACAGGAAAACUUCCAGACUAUUAUGGAAAAAUUGUUAGCCCUGGAGUUUGAUGAAGUCGCUCCCUGGGGGUGUUCUAAUCUCCAACAGGUCCUUUAUAUGCAUCUUUUCCAUCCACAACAGCAACAUUUAUGCAGUUAUCAAGUGAAUUUUACUGCAAUGGCGCAACUUGAAAGGACAAGAAGAUCCACCGACACCCAGAAAACGCCUACAGCUCAAACUUCACCAACUUUCGAGCAGCUCCUAAUAGUCGACGAGGCAUACUGGUCGCCAACCACAUCUCCUAGGUCGGUAAUGAACCACGGGCAUCAAGAAGAAAGUACGAGCCCUCCACAAAACCGAAAAUCGGUUAUUGCCAAAGUAAAGGAGAGAGCCAAGAAGUUGAGGCACUCUCUUAGCGGCCGAAAGAACAUCAACGAAAACGAGCUUAUUGAUGACAAUACAACCCCACUCUAUGGGCUCGACUUAGAUGACCACAAUGAUGACAGGCCCGUGGAGGAUCCCGAAUACCUCGGAGCUCCAAUGUACGAGUCGGAAGCCGCACCUGAGAGCUUAAGAGAGAAUGCUCGACAGCACCCGAGGGCUGUGCCCGUGGUCUCCGAGAGCCAUCGGUUCCCGAUAAGGACCAAACCACCCGAAGUACUACCCGUGACCGAAACUAUCCACACAAUAACUUCCAUGAUUUCCGGGCUUUCCGUCUCACAAGAGACGGAAAAUGGUGAGACGGGAAGAAUUGGUAACCGGGACAAAACAGGAAAUCUGAGCCCUCAGAAGUGGGACAAAGGGGUCUCGGUGAAAGAAUACUUCAUGAACAAGCUGGAGCCCGGGGAGGAUGAUCGGGCCCUGUCGCGGGCUAUUACGGAUGCCAUUAGCCCGAAGAAAGUUACUAACAACACGGGAGUGGUGGAAAAAGUGAAAGAGGCCGUCAGUUCGUUUUUCUGGGACGAGGAGCUGUCCAACUCGGCAGCGAGGCCAGCAAACCUGACCCACUCGGCCAAUUCUCAUUCUUCAAGACUUUACCACUCUGGUGCUGCCAGCUCAGCUCCUCGUCUCCCAGUUUCGUCUAAUGCACGUCCAGUUUUUGCUGAAGAAGAAAAUCAUGGGAAGAUACUGCAAACCAACUGA